ACUUACCACGUAAAUAUUGAACCCCAAAUCACGAAUGUGGUUUGCGUGAUAAAUGCGAAAGUUGAAAACAGCGCAUCUACCUAACCCAUUUCAACCUUCGUCUCCCUCUGUAAUAAAUCGACUUUAAUGGACCCUCGUUCUCACUCACUACCCCACUAAUUGUCAUUAAUUACUUAAUCAAUUAAUUACUUCGUUUCUCUUUCCAGACAAAGAACGAUUGUGUAAAUUGUUUAUCUCGCAUGGUUUCAGAUGAAGGAGGAGUUUGGCUCAACGACGUAUAUUUAUAGCAAAUACGGCUUCGCACAAUAGAGAUUGAAAUAACACAAACAAUGGAUCCCAGAGAGGUUCGAACUGAAGCAAUUUCGGAUGCUGAUCAAUCAACUCAUGCAUAUCAUCUGGCUUUGGAUAUUGGGGGAUCUCUUGCCAAGCUAGUUUACUUCACAAAAGAUGAUGAUCAUUUCAUUGAUGGUGAGGAGGGUAUAUCUCAUAAAAAGGCUAUCGAGAAAUCCAAUGGAAAUAACCAAUAUCAUGUUCUUAAUGGGAGGCUCAAUUUUAAGAAGUUUGAAACGAGCAAGAUAAAUGAUUGUUUAGAAUUCAUCAAGACCAUGAAACUUCAUUUUGGAGGCAAUCAGUUGCACGAAAAUCCUGGAAGUCUUCCGAUAGCUGUUAAGGCCACAGGUGGUGGUGCAUACAAAUAUGCAGACCUCUUCAAGGAAACACUAGGAGUCAUUCUUGACAAGGAAGAUGAAAUGGAUUGUCUUGUGGCCGGAGCAAAUUUUCUUCUGGAGGUGGUCCACCAGGAAGCAUUUACUUAUAUGGGGGAUCAAAAGCAAUUUGUGCAGAUUGACCAGAAUGAUCUGUAUCCCUAUCUUCUUGUUAAUAUUGGGUCUGGCGUUGGCAUGAUCAAGGUGGAAGGAGAGGGAAAGUUUGAGCGAGUUAGUGGAACAAGUAUAGGUGGAGGAACUUUCUGGGGUUUAGGAAAGCUUUUAACCAAUUGCAAGAGUUUUGAUGAGUUGCUGGAAUUAAGUUAUCGGGGAAACAACAGGGCAGUAGAUAUGCUUGUUGGAGAUAUUUAUGGCGGAAUGGACUAUACAAAGAUAGGUCUUUCAUCCACUACAAUAGCCUCUAGUUUUGGAAAGGCAAUUUCUGAUAAUAAGGAGCGUGAAGAUUACAAACCUGAAGAUAUUGCUCGAUCACUGCUAAGAAUGAUCUCAAAUAAUAUUGGGCAGAUCUCUUACUUAAAUGCCCUUCGCUUUGGGCUAAAGAGGAUUUUUUUUGCUGGAUUUUUUAUUCGGAGGCACCCAUUCACAAUGGACACAUUAUCUGUUGCUGUUAAUUUCUGGUCUAAAGGUGAGGCUAAGGCAAUGUUUUUGAAGCAUGAAGGGUUUCUUGGAGCUGUUGGUGCCUUCAUGAGUUCGGAUAAACAUGGCCUAAAGGAAUUAUUGGUCAAUCAAAUGGUUCAAAGAAGUCCCGGCAAGUUAUCCUUUGCUGAGGAUAAAAUACAUGAUACCCCAGAUGGGGAGUUCAAUGGAGAUGAAAGUAUAGAGUGCAGUGUCUAUGCAGCGUAGAUGAAGAAAUUCUUCGUUGCAUUCAUGACUUGUAGUUGUAACUGUUAUAAUUUGGUUCUGUAAAAUCGUCUAAAAUAUUAAUUAUAACAGAUGAUUGACCUAGAAUUAAAGGAAAAGAGAAAAUUAGAAUGACAACUCAAGUAAGUUGCCGUUGUUUCGCACUUUCAGCAGAUGCAUUGUGUUGUAUAACAGCAAAUGAUUUGUAGGAAUACCUCAGCUGUAGCCUUGUUACUCAUUUAGUGAUAACCCUUUUUGUGUUUCUUGGAUUUUUUUUUUUUUUUUUAUUAUUGUUAUUUUGGAUAAUGUUAUGAUAUCCUUAAAUGAGGAUAUGAUUCUUAGCAUUCACUAAUCCAGAGUAUUUACAGUUAAAAGUAUUUUUUCUUUUCUACUUUCUGGAAUCUUAUAGUCAUGACUAGUCAAUCAUCCCAUGACAACGGCCUCAUAUUUCAAAUAUACUGGACCAUCUAACAUCAAGAAGAUUAAUCCCCACCCCCUAAAUAAAAAAGAAAAAGAAAAGAAAAGAACUGUAAUGUCCUGUCCUGUUACGCUAUUGGGUAAGUCAACGAAGGUUAACAAAAAGAUCAUCCAGUUGGAAUCCAAUGCAAUGAGCUGAAAUUGGUGACUCUUCUAACAUUAUGUAAUAAAAUGCAUACAUCAGAAUCCUUUA